AUGGGAAAUGCAAUUUUCCCAUGUUGCAAACCAGUGUCAAGUUCAUCAGUGAAGCUAAUAUUCCACGGCGGCGCCGCCAGAAUUCUUACAGAAAAACUCGCCGCCGGCGAAGUUAUGUUCGAGUUCCCGGAUCAUAUGGUAUGCCAUGCAGACUCAUUCUACAUAGGCCAACCAAUUCCUGCACUGGCCAUUGAUGAUGAGCUCAUAACUGGUCAAACCUACUUUGUUCUUCCCAUCGAUUACUUCCCAUCUAACGUUCUUUCAGCUUCUACUCUAGCCGCCUUAGGAAAUGGGCCAAAAAGGGCUGCGGUCAUGAGUUUCAAUGGGUGCCCUUUUGACCACUUGAAGGGAUCAAACGGUAGGGCUUCGAUCAAGGUUUUGCCAGAAUUUUUUAUCAAACUGUUUUCAGAAGGUAAUGAGAAUGGAUCAGGUGAAGAUUCCCAUAGUCCGGUCGGUGGUAGUUUUCUGUGCAGCACGCCGGAGUUGCGGAAGCAUUAUAAUCAAUUGGUGGGGUCUAAGGAUCAAGUUUGGUCCCCAAAACUCGAGACUAUUUCGGAGUAUACAAUUAGGUAUUCGCCUUGCAGAUUCAUAGGGUUGGAAUGGAAGCAAAAGGAGGCAGAAAAUUGA